GUGACCAUGGAGGAGACAAAUCGGGAAGCUGUUGCGACCGCGGUCCAGAGGGUAGCUGGGAUGCUGCAGCGCCCUGACCAGCUGGACAAAGUGGAGCAGUAUCGCAGGAGAGAGGCUCGGAAGAAAGCCUCAGUGGAGGCCAGACUGAAGGCCGCGAUCCAGUCCCAGCUGGAUGGAGUGCGCACGGGCCUGAGCCAGCUGCACAGCGCGCUCAGCGAUGUGAAGGACAUCCAGCAGUCCCUGGCGGACGUCAGCCAAGACUGGAGGCAGAGCAUCAACACCAUCGAGAGCCUCCGGGACGUGAAGGACGCCGUGGUGCAGCACAGCCAGCUGGCCGCCGCCGUAGAGAACCUCAAGAACAUCUUCUCAGUGCCGGAGAUCGUCAGGGAAACAGAGGACCUGACCGAGCAGGGGGAGUUGCUGCAGGCGCACCGGAAGCUGAUGGACCUGGAGUGCUCGAGGGAUGGCCUGAUGUACGAGCAAUACCGCAUGGACAGCCGGAACACGCACGACAUGACGCUUAUCCAGGGCUACUUUGGCAGCAUGCAGCGGCUCUCUGAUGAGCUGGCCAAGCAGCUGUGGAUGGUGCUAGAGCGGUCCCUGGUCACUGUCCGCCGCGACCCCACCCUGCUAGUUUCCGUGGUCCGCAUCAUAGAACGGGAGGAGAAGAUUGACAAGCGCAUGCUCGACCGCAGCAAGCAGACUGGCUUCAUCCCGCCCGGGAGGCCCAAAAAGUGGAAGGCGAAGAUGUUUGACAUUCUGGAUAGAACUGUGACCACACGGAUCGAGGGCACGCAGGCUGACACCCGAGAGUCGGACAAGAUGUGGCUGGUCCGUCACCUGGAGAUCAUCCGCAAGUACGUCCUGGAUGACCUCAUCGUGGCAAAAACACUCAUGGUACAGUGUUUCCCUCCUCAUUACGACAUCUUCCAGAGCCUGCUGAGCCUCUACCACCAGGCGCUGAGCACACGCAUGCAGGACCUGGCUGCUGAGUACCUGGAGGCCAACGAGAUUGUGAGCCUCCUGACGUGGGUCCUCAACACCUACACCAGCACAGAGAUGAUGGGAAACCUGGAGCUGGCUCCGGAAGUGGACACGGAAGCCCUGGGGCCUCUGCUGUCCUCACAUGUGGUCUCAGAGCUGCUUGGCACAUACAUGUCCACCCUCACUUCAAACAUCAUUGCCUGGUUGCGGAAAGCACUGGAGACAGACAGGAAGGACUGGGUCAAGGAGACCGAGCCCGAGGCUGACCAGGACGGCUACUACCAGACCACGCUCCCCGCCAUUGUCUUCCAGAUGUUUGAACAGAAUCUUCAAGUUGCCGCUCAGAUAAGUGAAGAUUUGAAAACAAAGGUACUGGUUUUGUGUCUUCAGCAAAUGAAUUCUUUCUUAAGUCGAUACAAGGAGGAAGCCCAGCUGUAUAAAGAAGAACACCUCAGGAACCGGCAGCACCCACACUGCUAUGUCCAGUACAUGAUUGCCAUUGUCAACAACUGCCAGACCUUUAAAGAGUCUAUAGUUAGCUUAAAAAGGAAGUAUUUAAAAAGUGACGUGGAAGAGGGCAUGUCUGUGAGCCAGCCCAGCAUGGAUGCCGUCCUGGAUGCCAUUGCCAAGGAAGGCUGCAGCAGCCUGCUGGAGGAGGUCUUCCUGGACCUGGAGCAACACCUCAACGAGUUGAUGACCAAGAAGUGGCUUUCAGGAUCGAAUGCUGUGGACAUCAUCUGUGUUACCGUGGAAGACUAUUUCAAUGACUUUGCCAAGAUUAAGAAUCCAUAUAAAACGCGCGUGGUGGUGGAGGCGCACUGGCGCGUCGUGGUGGAGUACCUGCGGGCUGUCAUGCAGAAGCGCAUCUCCUUCCGCGGCCCCGAGGAGCGCAAGGAGGGAGCUGAGCGCAUGCUCAAGGAAGCUGAGCAGUUCCGCUUCCUGUUCCGGAAGCUGGCAUCGGGGGUUGGGGAGGACGUGGACGGGCACUGCGACGCCAUCGUGGCCAUUGCAGAGGUCAUUAAGCUCACGGACCCUUCCCUGCUCUACCUGGAGGUCUCAACUCUGGUCAGCAAGUACCCAGAUAUCAGGGAUGAACACAUCGGUGCACUGCUGACAAUGCGAGGGGAUGCCACCCGGGACAUGAAGCAGACCAUCAUUGAGACACUGGAGCAAGGCCAGACACAGACGAACCCCAACUACGUGCCCCUCUUCAAGGAGAUCAUCGUGCCAAGUCUGAAUGUGACCAAGCUCCUGAAGUAA